CAGCUCCCCGUGGCGACCGUGCUUCAACCGAGCUGCUUCCGCGUCGGUCGUCUUGUCCCCAAUCCUUGGCCUUGCAUCCGCCGGUGCUUGGUGGCCGGGGGUUUCGAGCAGCCACCAACCAACCCCAAACGCUCGUUGAAAAGCUCCGCAGCUCCACCAAAGUACAGCGGGAAAACGAGAAGGGGGAGUGGGAGACAUGGCACCGCUCCCACCACCACCUGCGGCUCUCUCCCCCAUCUGCUGCGUCUCCCUCCCGGCCUCCAGCCACUGUCGCGCCUUCCCCUCCGCGGCGCCCUCUCCCCUCAGAAGGCUCCCCAGAUUCGUGGCCAGGAGUAGCAGCGGUAGCGGCGGCACGCGCCCCGAGUCCAAACCAGGCGACAACGAGAGCAAGGCUGUCCUCGACGCCUUCUUCCUCGGGAAGGCAUUCGCGGAGGCGCUCACCGAGCGGGUCGAGUCCGUGGUGGGCGAGGUGUUCAGUGUUGUCGGGCAGUGGCAGGCCGAGCAGCAGAAGCAGGUUCAGGAAUUCCAGGAGGAAGUGGUUCAGAGAGCCCAAAAAGCUAAGGAGAGAACUGCGAUGGAAGUAACUGAUGAUAAGGGGCCAAAGGGUCUAAGUGAACCUUCAACGGGCGUUGUGACGCCUGCACCUACGUCGCCUCCUCCUACUUCCACACAGGCAGAAUAGGUCUAACCUUCUAGAUGGUGAUGAAGAGUUGGUGCUGCGUGUAGAGGCAGUUUUGUGCGCAAACAAAGUUCAAGAGAUUCUCCCAUGAUAUGUAUCGAUUACAACAGCCUUUGAAAGUGAAAACUGAAAACCCAGCAUUUCAAUCGAAAACUAGAGUACAGUUUCACAUAUGAAUGGAAUGAAAUAUAUCAGUUCACUUUA